AUGUCCGGAGAGGGAGAGGAAGAAGCCGUCAAUUCAUACGGAGAUGGAAUUGCAUGGAUUAGGGCGUCAAUGAUCGGAAGAGGGAGUUUUGGGCGUGUUUAUCUCGCAACUCUCAGAAACCCCACAUCCAAAAGCAGCUCUCUGCCGCCGCUGAUGGCUGUAAAAUCUGCCGAGGUUUCCUCCUCGGGCUCGCUUCAGAAGGAGAAGGAGGUUUACUGCAAUUUGGAAAGGAGCCCUUACAUAAUCCAGUGUUACGGCGACGAGAUUACAAUCGGCCGCAGCGGCACCAUGGCGUUCAAUUUGAUGCUGGAGUACGCCUCCGGCGGAACAUUAGCCGAUAGGAUUGGGGAAUCCGGAGGGAAUGGAUUGGCUGAAUUGGAGGUGAAGCUUCACACGCGGUCUAUUCUGAGAGGUUUGAGACACAUUCACGAGCUUGGAUAUGUGCAUUGUGAUAUGAAGCCUCACAACAUUCUGCUCGUUCCGAACGCCGCGGGCGGAAUUAGGGCGAAAAUUGGGGAUUUGGGGUUGGCGAGGAGGGUCACGAAGAAGAGGAAAUUGGGGGUUUGUUGGGAGGGAACUCGGAUGUACUUGUCGCCUGAAGCGGUGACGGAUCACGUGCAGGAGGCGCCGUCGGAUGUUUGGGCGGUUGGUUGCAUUGUGCUUGAGAUGCUCACCGGGAAAUCUCCAUUGGAGGGGAAGAAGGAGAUAACAGGGCUCAAGAUUCCGAAUGGCGUGUCGAAGGAGGCUAGGGCGUUUCUCAAGGGUUGCUUUGUGAGGAAUUCUAAGUUUAGGUUGACUUGUGAAAUGCUGCUGCAUCAUCCGUUUCUUGAAGGUUUGGAUGACGACGACGUUGAAGUUGAUGAAUCGGUGGCCUGCGCAUUGGAUCAGAUUGAAUCUCUUGCUCUGGUUUAUGGGAGUGAUGAUGAUGAGUUCAGUAGUGGCUCAUUUGCGGAUGAGCGGAGCCAUGGAUCUGAGAGUGAUGUAUCUGAUUCAGCUGAAUAAAAAGCACCUCGAGUGGUUGGAAGGUGGAGAUGCAUAGAGCUUCAAUUUACUUUGUUGGUGUUGGUGUAAUACAAUGAAAAGGUAAAAUGCAAGAGAAGAAACUAACAAUCACUGAAGGUUGAAGAUGAUAUCCCAAGGGAGGAUGAGAAUGUGGCAGUGGUGUCGCCACUAAGGUAGCUCUUGAGGCGAUCCAAGUCGUCCGCACAGUCGAGCAUUGUGGGGCGCAGAGCAGGCGAGCCGUUCGUGCAGACGAGCCCCAACUCGAUGAGCUCUCCGAUAGCAACCUCCCACAUCCGCAUCACCGGAGGCGAUUGAUCCCUCAACGCUCUAAGCAGAGAAUGGUCCACCACCUUCUCCAUCGGCUGAUUCUUGACGUAUCUGUGCAGGCUCACCCCUCCCACAAACAUCUCAUCAGUCGGCCUCUUUCUCGUCACCAUCUCCAGCACCACCACUCCGAAGCUGUACACGUCUCCCUUUGUUGACGUAUCCGACCCCAAACCAUACUCUUGAAAGCUCAAAACAGAGAGACACGCAAUAUUAAGAAUCGCCCAUAACUAUUUUGGAAUUGCAGAUUUAUUGAAAUUUUAAUCAAGGAGUGAAUUACCUGGUGCAAUGUAACCAAUGGAUCCACACAUCAUGUUUGCAGUGGAGUUGUCGACCAUCCCGCCUUCAACGGUCAUAACGAGCCUCGAUAUCCCGAAAUCGGAGACGAGGGCCGUCAUGUCGUCAUUGAGGAGAACGUUGCUGGGCUUGAGAUCACAGUGUAUGACCUUAACCGGAGAGUGGUGGUGCAAAUAAGCCAUCCCUUCUGCAAUGUCGCUACAAAUGUUGACCCUCUGGAGCAGGGUGAGGUCCGAGGAGCCUGUCCGGAGCCCGUUGUGUGCGUGCGGGUAGAGGCGGGCGUCUAAGCUUCCGUUGGCCAUGUAAGGCAGGACGAGCGCCUUGAACUCCGGCCGGCUGCAGGCGGUGAUGAUCCGUAUCAGAUUCCGGUGGCGAAUCCUCUUCAAAAUCUGGCAUUCUCUGUUGAAACUCUUGGUGGAGUUGCCUGUUUGCAGCUGCAGAACUUUGAUGGCGGUUUGCGUCCCAUCCGGCAGAGUUCCUCUGUAAACGUGGCCGUAGCUGCCGGAUCCCACCAGCCUCUGAUUGUCGAAUCCGGCGGUGGCCUCGACGAGCUCUUUAUACGUAAUUCUUGGGAAGUUCUGUGUCGGUUCCAGCGGCUGUUUCCUCUCUUUUCUUGACCGUCUGCCUCUCAACCGCUGGCACCCGAUCACGCAGCAGAUUGUUGAGAGGAAUCCGGAGACAAAUAUGAUUAUGCAGAAUAUGAUCAAGAAAGUUCUUGACCGGAAAUAGUAGUGUUUGUGCUUGCAAUGUGGAAUGCCAAGAACGGAACCACAGAGCUUCGGGUUGUUUAAGAAAGAUGAUUUCGUAAUAUUCAGAAAAACGCCGCCGGUGGGGAUCAUUCCUUCGAAACUGUUGUUGGAAAGAUCGAGGAAAGUAAGCGUCUUGCUCUUGUUCAAGCUCGCCGGAAUCCGUCCAUACAGUUUGUUGUUGGAAAAAUCCAUGGCUACGAUGCUCUUGAGAUUGCCUAAUGUCUCUGGCAGAGCUCCUCGAAUGGCAUUAUUUGAGAAAUUUACCAACUUGAGCGCAUAGCAGCUGGAGAUGAGGCUGGAGAUGGUUCCGGUGAAUCUGUUGCAGGAGAGGUCGAUCUCUUCCACCUUCUCCAGCUUGCUCAGCUCGACUGGCAAAGGCCCGUCAAGCUGGUUGUGCGAGAGGUUGAGAAACCACCGCAUUUCCUGCAGAUUGGUUAUGUUUGGAGGCACUCUUCCUGUCAAAAAGUUGUGGGAGAGGUCCAGCUUUUGCAGAGCGGUGCAUCCACCUAUGGUGUAAGGUAUCUGCCCUGACAGAAGGUUGUUGUUGAGGAAUAGGAAGUUCAGGCCAGCAAGAUUCCCGAUGUCUUUGGGUAUCGGACCGGACAAAUUGUUGUGAGACAGAUCGAUCAAGCCGAGGGAGGAUAGCUCUCCUAAAGCAGCUGGGAUUUCGGUGAAGAAGUUGUAGGACAGAGAGAGCUGUUCCAAUCUGGAUAAGUUGCCUAUUUCAGGUGAAAUCUUGCCACUAAGAUAGUUGGAUGUUAAGUUGACUAGUGUUAACUGGGACAAGUUCCAAAGUUGAGAAGGAAUGGAACCGUAUAUCUUGUUUUCUUGUAGUUGAAAUGUUGUCAUUUUUGCACUGAGUCUUCCUAUGGAACUCGGGAGAACUCCUCCGAGUCCCAAGCCGGCCAGUUCCAGCUCCUCCAGCUCGCUGCAGUUGGCCAGCGCAGCAAAGAACGGCUCUAGAUUGGUGUUUCGGUCGUGGCUGGUCAUGUGAUUAUCUGAUAGAUGGAGAUAGCUUAGAUCGACGAAGCGAGAGAUGAUGUCUGCAGGGAGUUGGCCGGAAAUGCUGUUGUUUUCGACAUCCAAACUCAUCAUGCCUGUGGCAUUGCCUAAUGAGGAAGGGAUCUCGCCCACUAGCUGGUUGCUGUACAAGCUGACAGUCCACAAAUCCGGGCAGUUUCCGAUUUCAAAUGGGAUUCUUCCGGUGAGCUGAUUCAUGGAGAAAUCUAUGUUUUUGAGGCCGGUGCAGUUGGCGAAGAGCGCUGCUGGUAUGGUCCCGGUCAAGCUGUUGUUGUAGAGGUGGAUGAGCUUGAGUUUGGAGAGCAGAGAGAAGGAGACUGGGAUUUGGCCUUGCAGGUUGUUGCUACCGAGUUUGAGCUCUACGAGGUUCCUGAUUGAGGAAAUCUCCCAAGGGAUGGGGCCGAUGAAGUUGUUGUCGUCAAGGUGGAGGUAGCGCAGCUGGGUGAGAUUUGACACGACAGGGGGUAGAGAUCCCACGAGGCCAGAGGCGUUGAGGUUGAGGUACACCACACGGCGCUGCAUGAGGCCGCAUUGCACGCCCGUGAAGUUGCAGACGGCCGUGAGCUCGUCCCAGUUGGCGAGCCUUGAAUGUGGGUCGGAUGUUAUGGAGUUCUUGAAUGCUAGUAGAGCAGCUCUAUCGGUGUGCAGAGAGUGGUGCCCUAAUGUGGUAUGGAAAUGGUGCAUCACACAGAUAAAUAUGAACAUACUGCUGCCUCUGUGCAUUGAUAUAAUGGGGAUGAUUUGUUUCCACCAAAGUUGGGAGAGGUGCAUAGUGAAAGACGAGUGAAGUGCUAGCCCAUUGGAAUUUCUCACAAAAUGUAGUUGUUUCCAAUGAUGUAUGAUUAGUGGUGGGAGUAGAACUUCCUAUUUCAUUAUUCCAAGUUGCAGUAGUGAUGAGUAGAUACUCACUCAACUGAACUCAUUGUUCAUCAUUUAUAUCUAUAUAUUGGUGAUGUUAGUUGGCCUGUUA